GAGAGGGAGAGAGAGAGAGAGAGGGAGAGAGAGAGAGAGAGAGAGAGCAACAUCGAAGGAUCUGCCAUGGCCACGAUCGCCAACACGGUGGUUCCGAUCGCGGAUCUUCGACUCUCCGCAUCCUCGUGUUAUUCCAGAAGACAAUCGGCACAUUAUUUUGUGAAUCGCAGCCCCGUCAUCGUAGCAUUUAGUUCCACUCUUCAAAGGAAAGUAAAAUUUGCAAGUCCAAAACGAGUUGUUGUUCAAGCUGCCUACAGUAGUGAUGUUGGAAAACCAAGUAAUGCAAGCAUCUUUGUCGGUGGCUUUGUAUUGGGAGGCGUUGUAGCAGGGCUACUAGGCUGUGCCUAUGCACCUCAGAUCAGCAGCGCCCUUGCUGGCGCCGAUAGAAAGGAUUUGAUGAGGAAGCUCCCACAAUUUAUAUACGACGAGGAGAAGGCUUUGGAGACACGGAAGGUACUGCAUGCUAAGAUCGCACAACUGAUCUCUACCAUUGACGGUGUUUCUUCGAAGCUCCGAACAAAUGAUGGACCGAAUGGAAUGGCUUUGCAGCCUGAUGAGAUCGAAUCUGCCAUGUAAAAUUAACGGAGUAAACGACUUUUGCCUAUUGCUGAAUAAGGUAUAUUUUUAUAUUUUUUGUUAUUGCUCAUUUGUUUUCUCUUUUGGAGAAUUGAGAUAAAAUUCUUUUGAAUUUAUGGGCUAUUUUUGCUGCUGUUUCUUGGAGAAUAUGCAACUUGUGAUUUGCAAAUUUGUUGGCGGAUUAUGAUUUAUUUGUUUUUGCA